GCUUUGUAUAUAAAAACAAGGCUUGUAUAUGUAAAAUAAACUUUUUUAUGUAUUGCUCAAGAAAAUUUUCUCUGAACGGACUUCACUGGACGGUGAAUUGAGGGACUCACUAUACUCGCCACUUUCGAGACAGGCCUAUUGCCGGCCCUGGAACACAUCUACAUACAAACCGUGACGUAGCGGCGAAGCAUAGCGAAAAAAAAACUGGUUAACAGGCGGAGGGAUACAGUGUGAGAUCCACGCGCGUCAGGCGGAGUCGCUAUCUUGCCGACGAGCUGCUUCUACUAUCACUGUCUUUUGAAAUCUCGGGUUGAUAAAUAUUUCCGACCGGAAGUACUCGCGUAUCCGCGUCAAAUCGCGCCGAUCGAACGAUUCUUGCGACACAGUGAAAAUGGGUCUCAAUCCCAUGAAAUGGAAAACGAGAACUAUUUUGCAUGGCGUUCUAGGCGCUUUGGUUCUUUACACGCUAUUUGUUUAUAAGAAGAAGCAUCAAGUGAUGUUCGAGGGCAUCAUAAAUAAGUCGGAUCCUAAACUGGUGUGGGAAUUUGUAGCCGAUUUUAGCAACAUGAAAAAAUUGAACCCAACAAUAGAAGAUUUUGAUAUAAUUGAUGAAGACGGGAAUUAUGAUCACUGGAAAUAUUCUGUGCGGUACACAGAGCAUUUAAGUCACCUGCCAAUAAUCCGUAAUAUAGGAUAUGGACAUUAUGCUGUGAAACCAGAUAACAAUGGCUACGUCAUCAGUUCUAGGCAUCGGACUUGCUUCUUCUUCAAUUUGUACUGUUUGGAGACUAUUUCGCAAUUCAGAUUCGACGCGGACGGUGCGGGGGACACGAAAUGCAUUGAGACCGUGCAAUACGAAUGCCCGAUCGCAUUCUCGCCGUUGUGUCGCAGAGAAGUCAUGUAUCAGAGAGAGGAAAUCCUUAAGAGACUGAAAUUGAAGUUCGCUCUCAGCAACAAGAGAGAAAAUUAGGAAUAUCAUUGUGCAUGUACUUAGCUUACGAAAUCUAUUUUUUAAUUAAGCGACGCCAUAUUUUUAAUAUGAAUAGAUAAUAACAUUUUUAUAUUUUAAUUAAGUUAAGCGCGUACAUUUCUUAAAAAUAAUUUGGCAUUAUUUUAAUAAUUAGUCAUUAAUUAAUUCUGAUCAAGAAUUGAAUGAUUGAUAAUUGUAAAGUGUGCGCAUUUUAUGCUUUAUAAUUCACGUUAGUUUUCAAGGGAAAUUUUUUUAAUUCUUAUAUGUCGCGUAUACCGAAAUAUUUUUAAUAUAUUUUGUAUAAUGUGUUAUAACAAAUGAAUAAAUAUAUAUAUAUGUAUACAUUCUUUAAACGUUAAAUUUAAGUAUAUAAAAUUCUACAUGGUAUUAUUUUAUGGCACGUAGAAUGACUUCGAUUGAAAUUGAGAUAACUUUAUCUUUGAUAAAUUUAAUAAAUAACACUUGCA